UUCAACUGCGCGCGCGCGCGCGUGGCAGAAUAACAAUACGAAAAUACGUCGGGAAAGGCUCGGUCUUUUUUUUUCCUCUCUCUUAACCUUUUCGUUGUGUGUAGUAUAUAUAUAUAUAUAUAUAUAUAUAUAUAUAUAUAUAUAUAUCGUAUGUGCGUGUGUCAUCAGAUCAUUGGAAAUCCUUUUACUGUCAAAAUUCGAAAGGUUGUUGGGUAGUGUUUUUGAUCGAAGAAUACGCAAGAUUCAUGGAUAAGAGGUCACUGCGCCAUGUGGCUGCCUUAGCGUGGUGAGACCGAGAAAAGGAGACGAGGAAAACGUAUAGGAGUUAGCCUGGGAAGGACAGCUCUAACAGUCACGAUGCUGUCGAGGUAUACAGCUCUGCUGUUCUGGCUGGCAGUGCCAUCGAUUGUCCUGGCACAGAGUAAUUAUGCGUCACAGGGCAAUAGCAUCGAGUAUCAGCCUGGACUACCACCGAGCACUGUUCUCGAUGGCAAGGUUACCAAGUUGGACGAUAUAUCUCCUAUAAUAUUUCUCAAUCGAACAAAGGCAUAUUUGAAUUGCGGUCAGGGUAGUAUGGAUGUUGAGUUAAAGUUCGAGGAACCUUUUUACGGCGUCGCUUAUGCGGAUUUCGAUCGAAACAGUGCUUGCAUGGUGAAAGGUCGCGGACUGACAAAUGCUAAAUUGGAAUUACCACUGAAAGGAUGUGGUACCAGACAAGAUCCGCAACGUGUAUUCACCAACAAUAUAGUCGUACGCUUUCAUCCUGGCCUCGAGAUGGAUGGUGAUGAAGUUAUCACUAUAAUUUGUAGAUAUCCUCCACCGAUAGCACCGGCACCACCGGCUCCACCUGCUAGCAUCAGAAUGGGUACCAUAGCGCCAGCAGCCGUGGCAGAACCACCAUUGAAAGGUUUUCAAAUCCUUUUAAUCAUCUGCGCUAUUUUAUUCUUAUCAUUGCUACUGCUUGGCCUUGGAUGCUCGUACAUGUGCCUAAAACGUAGGAAUGUACGAGUGGUUCAUCGUCAUCCAUUUGGUAGUGGUACAGGUUCCGAGAUAACAAAAUUAUCUGGUUCUUCUCUAAGCAACAUAACCAUGUUUGAGGGCCUUAAAAUCCCACGCGCGCACGCUCUUCUUCACACGACCGCUGCCUUCACAUCUGGCAGCGAAGCAAAUUUGGUCAUCGACCAUUCCGAUACGUUACCAAGCGAUUAUCCGAGUGAAAGUCAUUCCGAGCUUUAUUAUGUUCAUCAGGUGGACGAGGAACGUUCGCUUCCAGUUUCCUCGGCUGGUUCCUACGACAACAAAGCAUUCGUGCAUCAUCACGAGACUCAACGACAAGUGGAAGUACGUACGGCCAGUUCGUUGUAUUCCGAAACAGUAGCUGCCGAAGUAGGAGCAUCGUCGAUGAUGGCUGCUAACGCAUCGCGCGUUGCCGUUCCUCGUCAUCCGAUAGCUGUCCCGAUUGAGCCGAAAUUCGACGUUCAAAUGCGAGUAAAAAGAGCACCACCACCUCCACCUAGUCCUUUACCAUCAGAAUCCGAUGUGGCCAGUAUUGCUCUUGAGAGAAAUCUAACGACUAUCUUGGAAAGAGAAGAAUCUAUCAUGAGUCGAACGUUGGAGAGUCCACCACCAAGAAUGACCACUUUCUCUUACGUACCGGAACUGCACGGGCCACCAGGAGCUACCUCGUCGACGUCUACCGUGUCUCGACAACAAACACCUCCGGUUUAUUCUAGAAUCUUAAGAAAGCAAGCGGAAAGAGAGACGACUACCAGCACAACGUUGAUGCAAGAAAGAAUUCCAUCGCCACCACCUGCCGAACAAUUGCCUAUUCUACAUCACGAGAUUCGUCGUCCACGAUCUCUGACUUCUCUUAACACCGAGUUAACGGAAACUCGUUCUUUAACCGAAGUAAUGGAUCAGUCUCACGCAAAGUAUAGAGUAGCAAGUAUUCUUGCACCUACACCACCACCACCUCCACCGAUUGUACCCACAACAACGACGACUCACACAGCGAUUCAACAUCGUGAACAACGUCUCCAUCGUGAGGAGAUGACGGAACCUCUUGUAGAACCCCAAGUGGUAACACCAAGACGUCCAGAAAUAACGACUCACGAAGUAGACGAUGUUUACUUACGUACCGUUACCGAGAAGAAAACGAUCGAAGACGUAGAACGUCAUCGUCGACAAGUCACUGAGUACCGUGCUCGACCGCAGCAACAAGUCGAUCCUAAAUGGGACGUUACAAUCAGAAACUAUCCAACGGAAGACCUCCCACCGCCCCCACCAGAAUGGGAAAGCUUCUCCGACGUUAGUUCCACGUCGAAUUUAACGAUCACGAACGAACCCACGGUUCAUCCGAACGACAUUGCUAACGAUGAAGAACCGGACGUCAGUAUAGAACCAACCUAUACGGCUCGAGCAGAGAUACCCUGCAGGCCAUCACAUUCGGCUCAUCGUCGACCACUUGACAGCGAGCCGGACGGACCGAUAGACUGGUUCGCCAGACUCUCGAAGGUCCUUGAGCCACGGUAUGCGUCGGAAUUGACGGAAGAAGAGCGAGCUAAAUGGCGCGAGAUUAUCACGACUGAGAGUACUCUGAGAACCCUUCUAACAGAAGCAGUAGUUAGAGAAGAUUACGAACUGAUACGAAAGGAUGCGAGGUAUACGAAUCUCUUCCCACCGGCAAAGUGGGAUGUGAUCAUUCGCAUUCUUGGACCGCCUUUGGCACAGGCUGGUUCUACCUCAUCCUCUGGCAUGCACGGCAAGAAUCACGGUCAAAGAUACAAGAGAUCUAAAUCUUCCGAGUGGGACACCAGAUCUCGAAGAUCCUCUUUGCCGACUUUAUACGAAUACGAGAGCGAUGGUGGUAGCUCGCAUCGUAGUUUGGACAAUCAGAGCCAUCGUUUACAGACAUCGCAAUCAGCGGCUACAAUGGUAACCGGCUCGAACGUAGGACGUCUUCGUCGAUUGGGUAGUUCCAGUCACAGAGGCGUCGGUGGUGGUGGUGGUGGUAGCGAAGCCGAUUUGAGGUCAAUGUCCGAGAUGACGGUGAGGGACUUCGCUAGAGUGGACAGGGACGAUCUGACGAGUUUGAGCUCCUUUGAAGGUGCAGAUUCAUUGGUCAGAUCACUCAGUCAACCGAGUUUGGCUAGAUCCGGCUCGGAAUUCACUGAACAUUGGGGUAUGCCAUCCGCCAUCUUAGAUCUUCCACCUUGGGCUACCGAAGGAGAGGAAGGUGCGAGUUCCGUAGAGACAACUCCAAGAGUUAUUAGAAGAGGCGAUCGAAUCGAUGUUCUCGCAUCGUUCGAUGAACGUAGAAGAAAUGGCAUACAUGGCUCUAAUGCAGCAAGAUCAUCAAGUCGAUUCAUCGAAAGGGAAAUAAGCAGCGUUCGUAUGACCGAGAGUCAGAGAGCUUCAAAUUGGUUUCACGACGACUCCGAGCCCGAGAUGCAGAUAUGAGUUUGAGGAUAUUUCAUUCUUCGAGAAUUGAAAUCUCGAUUGUUCGUUUUGAUUGUUCCGUGACUCGGUCAUGUACUCGCUCAGAAUAUAUAAGCUUGACGAACCGGUCUCUCUAUGAUCGUCAACGAGAUAUCACGACGAUCACAAUAUCAGCCGUCUUUCGACUGUGCCGUUUCUUUGCAUUUACUUUUCCAAUCUCCUUUUUUUCGAUUUUUUUUUUUUUUUUUUGCACUUCUUCCUCGUUUACUCCGUCUUUUCCAUUCUUUUUCAGGAUCCUUUCUCUUUUUCUAUAUUAAUUCACUUAUCUCUUUCUCUUGUCACCGAUAUUCCUACCUAAAUGUCAUGUAACUUUGAAUGGUUAUAAAGCCAGAGAGAGAGAGAGAGAGAGAGAGAGAGAGAGAGUUAGCUAGACUUGCGAGGGGAAUGGAUAUACUCGAAUUAUCAGCCAUCCACUUGCGAUUUCUCUCACUGCCCCUUCGUUGCCUCGCACUCGAGGAUCGCCCUUUUGCCUCCUCGUGGAGCUUCCAAAGGAAUCUCCUUCUAAUUUCGAAUUUCUAAUUUACAGUCUCAUCUCUGUUAAUGCCGUGAACCGCGAUGACGUUGGAAACGACUGUCGUUCUCUUCACUCACCACUCGAAACUUCUCUCUUCGCAUAAGGGUCGACUGUUAUAUAGGUAAAUAGAUAGUAUAGGAUUUUACAUGGCAACCAUUGUAUACCAUGUCGACCGUAACUAACGAGUGGGACUGCAGAGUACGGCAAAAUGUCAUCGAAUUCAUUUCUUUGUGAUACAAUGAAAAAUCAAACGAUGAUAAUAUUCAUACGGCCUUUUUUUUUAUCUUACAGAUAGGAAGAGAGAGAGAGAAAGAGAAAGAAAGAGAGAGAAAUAGAGCGCCUAACGUUGAAAAUUAACAAAGUAAAAUCGAUACUAACGAAAUCGAUACUAAUUAUCAAAGAAAUUCACUUUUUACGAUUAAACGAACGGAACAAUUCGUCUUCUUUAAAUUCCUCGAUAAUAAUCGACGGAUCUGAUACGCGAAAUUUGCACA